CGCUCAGUCCGCCGCUGCAGCGGAAAGUCAUCCACUCCUCAUCCACGGGACCUGCUGCCGGAGCGUUCCGUCUGCCUCUUAAAUGACGCUGAGCCCAGAACCGAGGAACCGUCUGUGGAUAUGAGGACAUCUGCCCAGACGCCUGCGACGACGAUGGGGACCUUUAAUCGUCACUUGGCAGCGAUUUUCGCCGAGAAAACGAGAAAAGAAUCAUCAUGACUCUUUCCUUUCUGACAAGCCAAUCCAUCCUUGAGGGACCCCUGCCAUUUUUGCUCUGUGGAUUACAGGACGCAGGGAUGAGAUAAUAUAGCACAACCUGCCGGUGCAUGCUGCUACAACGACACCCGUGGCAUUUAUAAACCCACCCACUCAGGCCCCUUUGACCCCCUCCUCCCUGUCCCUACCCCUUGGUGAAGAUUACUUCAACGGUCGCAAUAUGACCACACCGGCUCUCCUGCCGCUGUCGGGCCGCAGGAUACCCACACUGCCGCCAGGAGCCUCCUCAUUCCCUCACCACAGGGCUACAUUGAGGCUUUCGGAGAAGUUUAUCCUCCUCCUCAUCCUCAGUGCCUUCAUCACGUUAUGUUUCGGGGCCUUCUUUUUUCUCCCAGACAAUUCCAAGCACAAGCGCUUUGACCUGGGCUUGGAAGACGUGCUCAUACCCCACAUUGACCCGCCCAAAGAGGGGAAGCAUGCUUCUGGACAGGUUGUCAUUCAUGGACAAGGGGCGCAUGAUGAGCACAGGCACCGGGAAGAGGAGGAGAGCCUUCGGGACAAGAUCCGGGCGGACCAUGAGCGAGCACUGCAGGAGGCGAAGGAGAAGCUUAGAAAAUCACGUGAAGAGCUGCAGGCAGAAAUUCAGACUGAGAAAAACAAAGUGAUGGAGGACCUAAAAAAGAAGGACACAGGGCCCAAACCCUUGCCACCAGUCCCUAUGCCCAAAGUGGUGGGAAUCAACGAUGGUGAACCUGUAGAACCCGGCGUCAAAGAGAAGAGGGAUAAGAUACGAGAGAUGAUGAAGCAUGCCUGGGACAGCUACAGACAGUACGGCUGGGGUCACAAUGAGCUGAAGCCUCUCGCCAAGAAAGGACAUUCCACCAAUAUCUUUGGAAAUUCCCAACUUGGGGCCACGAUCGUGGAUGCCUUGGACACUUUAUACAUCAUGGGCUUACACGAUGAAUUUAAGGAUGGCCAGGAUUGGAUCGAGCAGAAUCUGGACUGGAAUGUUAAUGCUGAGGUGUCAGUAUUUGAAGUCAACAUUCGUUUCAUCGGGGGACUGCUGGCAGCCUACUACCUAUCAGGACAAGAGAUGUUUAAGCUGAAAGCUGUCCAGCUAGCAGAGAAGCUGCUCCCGGCCUUCAACACCCCCACAGGAAUCCCAUGGGCCAUGGUCAAUCUGAAGAGUGGUGUUGGUCGUAACUGGGGUUGGGCCUCAGCUGGCAGCAGUAUCCUAGCUGAGUUUGGAACUCUGCACAUGGAGUUUGUUCACCUCACUUACCUGACAGGGAACCCUGCCUACUACCAGAAGGUCAUGCACAUCAGAAAGCUGCUUGCCAAAAUGGACCGACCAAAUGGGCUUUACCCAAAUUACCUGAACCCUCGCACCGGUCGCUGGGGCCAGCAUCACACCUCCGUUGGUGGGUUGGGGGAUAGCUUUUAUGAAUACCUGCUGAAAGCGUGGCUCAUGUCGGACCGCACGGAUAUCGAGGCUCGCAAGACGUACGACGACGCAAUCGAGGCGAUCGAGCGCCAUCUAAUUCGCAAGUCCAAUGGAGGACUGACGUUCAUCGGCGAGUGGAAGAACGGCCACCUGGAGAGGAAGAUGGGUCACCUGGCCUGUUUCGCUGGCGGCAUGUUUGCUCUGGGCGCGGACGGCUCGCCGGACGACAAGGCUGGACACUACCUGCAGCUGGGCGCGGAGAUCGCACACACCUGUCACGAAUCGUACGACAGAACAGUGGUAAAGCUCGGUCCGGAGGCCUUUAAGUUCGACAGCGGCCUGGAGGCUGUGGCCGUGCGGCAGAAUGAGAAGUACUACAUUCUACGGCCGGAGGUGAUCGAGACGUACUGGUACAUGUGGAGGUUCACCCACGACCCCAAGUACAGACAGUGGGGCUGGGAGGCUGCACAGGCGAUCGAUAAGUACUGCCGGGUGAGCGGCGGUUUCUCCGGGGUGAAGGACGUCUACUCAUCCAACCCGACGUACGACGACGUGCAGCAGAGCUUCUUCCUUGCGGAAACGCUCAAGUACCUGUACCUGUUGUUCUCCAGCGACGACCUGAUGCCGUUUGAGAGCUGGGUCUUCAACACCGAGGCUCACCCGCUUCCCGUCCUACACCUGGGCAACAUCACUCUGCCCGGCAGCGAACCUGUCCUGCGGUAGAUGGACCGGUGCCCCAUGGCGGAGACUUGGGGGGGCGACCACAACGCGCUGGCUUCCCUUAAAAAAAAAAACAGAAACAACCACAAACCAGCACUGGAUAAUCUUACUUUGAGCUGUCAGCUGCUUCCAGACUGCUCCAGCAGUAGAGGCCUCCCCCCGGGGCCUCGGAGGUCGGAGACCCACUUUCACAGUCCGCCCUUCUUCUUCUCCUCGGAGGCCAGACUGAACCUUGAAGGACUGACUUUCAUUUUUGUGAUUCUUUUCGACCAAAUGGAUUCCUCUCAGACUCGAGCUGCAACACUGAAAGUGUCUCUCUUGCGGAGCAACGUUUUGAAGGAUCUUUCCCAGACACUUCACAGGGUCUGGAUCAGGUGUGAUUUUUUUUUUUUUUCUGUGGUCGCUGUUGUUUAUCUACCAGGCGAAAUUUGGGGACACAGGGUUGAAUCAAAGCCCUCCUCUUUGCUACUCCUCAAACACUUCUCCCAUUCAUCAGAUGAAUUUUAACCCACGUGUGCAGCUCAUAUCGGAGGCUGGAGGGUCUGUUGUGUGACGACAGUCCUCCACCUGAUUCAGUCAAGUGGACCAGUGUCAGUAGAAGAACAGCCCAUACCUUCUCCACACCAGUCUCAAACUCCCAUCCCGAAUCAUCCUGCUGCUACAUCUGCAUCUCCCUCCUCCUCCUCCUCCUCCUUUUUUAUUUUGACUUUAUUUUGCCAGCCCACCGCGUCACAGACUUUUUACUGACCCAUCCUUUCAUCUGCUCCUUUUUCAUCAUGAUUUAUGUCCGCACCAUGAUGUGAGUGUGUGGUGGUUAAAAGGCCUCUGCUGUGAAAUAUUUGUUUGUGCACUUUGUAUGAGAGGACUGAUGACGGGGAUGUAACGUUGAAAGAGACGAAUAAAUGACGUUUGUAUGUGCCACAUCUUCAUAUCACUUUCAAAGUAUCAACUUUUUUCUGACCUCUGUAAUGGUGGAGCGCGACCUUGCCCGAUCAGAUGAGGUGGCGUGUUGGACUUUUUCGUAAAUCAGCCUUUGAAAUGUUUUUUAAAAAACAAGAAUAAUAAAAUCUCAAUCCCACAGAUGACGCUGGCACUGAGAAGUGACGUUGCACACAAAAACAUCCUGGAGACAAUGUCACAGCUCCAAAGUGACCUGAGCGAAACAAUGCAAUGUUUUAGAAAGAGAGUAAAAACAAAAUGUCACUAGACUUCAAAAGUCAAAAAGAAUCCUAGAGUGCAAUUUGAAAGAGAUCCGCAUCACAUGGUUUGCUGAGGUGUGAGUGCAUGUCACAGCUACGAACGUGUUUGGUUACACUUCAGAUUUGGGAAGAACCAUAACCCCCCAACUCACAUGUGUCUGAGCAGCAUAUUAGCCUGUUAUUACUCAUUACAAAGCAUUGAGUAGGGUCCUGGUAACUCUCUGUUCUACCCUGGAUUGGGCUCCAAACCUUGACACUAAACAAAACUAUAGUUACGGAGUAUGAACAGUAAACAAGAAAGUGACUGGUUUAUUCUUGCUAUGUUCGCUAACCUGAAGUGUAACUGCGUCUGACAAAAUAAUUCGAGCAUCAAUUGGUGGCCUGUGUUUGCGGUGUGAUUCCCUUUCAGGGGCGCUGUUGUGCAUGACCUCUGUGACUUAUUUAUUUGCUCACAACUCUUGUUCUCCAUGAUGUGAAAGUGCUACAUCACGAGGGUCACUCCAUUUUUAAGAUCGUGCCGUUUCGAUGUUGAUGUGGAUCGUCUUGAGACGUAAGACAGAAUGAGAUUUUCUCUAUAGCCCCGCCCACCGCGUUACGCACACCGAUGUCUGGCGGUAUUUGGUUCUUUGGUUUAAAGGAAUAGGCCAGAUGAGGCUUGAAAAUCACUUGUUUUUUCCCCUAAAUUGAGUAUUGCUCUCCAAGAAACUUGGGUCCAAGGGUAGUUUAAAAGCCUCUGAGAUGAAAUCAGUGCUAGUCAGAACACUAGUUUGUGUUGAAAUCUAAAUGAUCAGCUUAAACAGUCUGAGGGCCUUGAUCUGAUGUCUCCACAGUCAAACAGAUUAGGUAAACGGUCACAGACAAAUCCCCACUGUAACUUGGUUGCACCAUGUUGAAUGGAAGCUGAAUACAAACAAAGAAACAAAGUAGUUUCGUCAUGACUCACGCUUCAUUUAGAAAACACAAUGUGAAACUUUGAUGAAACACAAACCUCGUAUGUGGUUGUAGCUGAAAGGUUUGGCUUUUCGUUUUGAAAAGGUCACUGGACUUCAGGCAUUUUUCUUAGUAACAGCCGUUUUGGUUGGUAAACGACAAAAAUCCAGCCACUUCAAACGGUCAUUUCCAGCUCUUCUGUGAUGAGUGGCUUCUUGGGAAGUGCCCAGACCAGUCAGCGCUAAUCUGCUCAGGCAGGUUGACUAAAAAAAGCCUUGUAAAAUUUCAAUUCAAAGGCCAUGGCAUUAAGGAUCAGUGAAAUGUCCGUGACAUAUACGCUGCUUCAGGAUGCUGUCAUCUGUUAUCAACUUCAAUGAAUUUUCCAGAAACCCCAUCUUUGAAUGAGUUUGGUAAUAGCGCCCCCCGCCUGCAGCCCGACUCCAUCCCGGCAGAUUUGGGAGCCUUGCUCUCCAUCCAUGAGUUUGGCCCGGUGAGCAGGGUGCCGGCUCACACUUCCCUCCAGACGGAGCACUUUGUUGCCUAACACUUUUUACUGACCACCAGUCACCACGCUCUCAUUGCUGCUUUGCUCAGUAAAUCUGAACAUUAAUGCUGCCAGGUGUUUAUUAUCAUUACACUUGAGAAGGCAUUGUACUGUGAAAACCUUGCAUUUUAUAUGAGCUUGUGAAAAGGUCAGUACAGUUAUUUAAAAGGUCAGUCAGUUGUUUUAUUGAUGCGAAGACAGAGUGGGAAACAUGUUAUUUAUGACUUUAUAACAGUUGUGUUUGGUGGGAAUCUGUGGCCGCUAACAGAAGAAAGCACAGAGCACUGUGAAGGGCGCCCCCUCUAGGUGUGAUGUUACGUCAAUAUUUUUACAUUGCUAGUUGUAAUUUUCCUUGCCAAAUUAUGACGCAAAAAGUCUCUGUAUAAACAAGAGCUAAUAUUGUCAUCAUAAUAAAAACGGGUUUGUCUCAAUUUGAGGAUAAAGUCUUCAAAAUAACUAGGAUUUAAGUUUGGUUCCGAGGCCUGGUCAAGCCAUUUGUUUUGAAUGGCUAACUUUACAGUCAGAGCCUAGGAAUAAAACUAUAGCAAUGAGGAAGAAGCCAAAAUACAAGUGUGUGUUGCCGUGUUACACAAAAUAUUGAUGCCCUUGGUAACAUUUCUUUCAUGUUUUUUUUUUUAAAUAUAUAGUUGCCAUUUCAGGUUAUAUCACUUUUUAAAAUAAGAUUCAUGGGAAAGUAAUUUGGUUUCAUUUGUUGAAUUGCAACUUAUUUAAAUUGUGUGUCGCUUACCUUUUGAAAAUGUUUAUUUAAAUAUACAAAGUGAUAUUUUACCGUCCACAUGGUAUUUUCCUGUACAUCCAUUAAAACAUGCUGCAUUUCUUCACCCCCGCUCCUCCCUCCGACCCGCCCAUUAACCCAAGCACCCUUUGGUCCAUGACCUCCUGUGUCUGACAGCGAGGCGACUCCCGAGCUGCCGACAAGUCGCUGGGAGCGACGAGAAUUUUGAAAAACUGCGUGUUCUGUAUUUGUAUUUUUACUUAACUCAAAAGGAAAGUAUCUGUAAAUAUGUUUAAGAGGCAAAAACACAAAUUCAAUAAAGAUGUUACA